CUGCUCGCAAUGUUGCAUCUCUCUCCUACCUACCAGACGGGCCUCGUGUUCUCAAACUCGGUCUGGAUGUCACCUCGAAGAGUAAUAUCACGCAGUCCUUGUCUACUGCUGUAGAGAAGUUUGGCCGCAUUGACAUAUUAGUCAACAAUGCCGGGUACGCCGUGAUGGGCGACACCGAAACAGUGCCGGAGUCAGACGCCCGUCUUCAAAUGGAAACUCUUUUUUGGGGUCCGGUUUUCCUUACACAACAGGCCGUUCGCAUAUUUCGAGAGGCAAACCCUCCAGGUCAGGGUGGCACUGUGGUGCAAGUCUCAUCCAUUGGUGGGCUUGUGACAUUUCCCGGAAGUGCAUUUUAUCACGCUAGCAAAUUCGCCCUUGGCAGCUUCACUGAAUCGUUUGCCAAGGAGGUGGAUCCUGCUUGGAACAUUAAAUUCAUGGUGGUUGCCCCUGGAGGCAUCAAGACAGACUUUGGUUCGAAUAUCCAGUUUGCCGCUCGCCAUCCUGCUUAUGAUACCCCUACCUCCCCGUUAAAUCAGUUGCUAGCAUAUAUGAGCAACCCUGCAGUUCAGGAGAUGUUCUCGACACCAGAACAGUUGGCUAGAGUGCUCUUAGACGUUGUCACAGGACAGGCCCAGCGACCCUUGCCGAGGCGGUUAUUGAUGGGUGCCGAAACAAUUGCUCUACUAGAAGCAGAUCUUAAAACUUCCGCGGAGGACUUGGAAUCCUGGAAAGAUGAGACUCUGCGA